CUCAAUUUCGCAACACCACAUGUGGCCUCGGUCCAAGUGUCCCAGAAUUCAACAACGCCUUCUUUUGCAGUGUCAAACGAUCUUUGGUCUGUGAAAUAUACUCCUGAUAUACAGAAAGAAGGACUACAAUCCAGACUGCGGGACUCGAACCCAACAGCCAUGGCUGAGCUAACUCAUAUGAUAGACAGCGAGGUGUUCCUGGCCUUCUCUACCUACGCCACUGUCGUCGUCCUCAAGAUGAUGCUGAUGUCUCCUAUGACUGCAUACUUCCGCUUCACAAGAAAGUGUUUUGCCAACAUGGAAGACACAGGGAUGGCUAAGACUCCAGAGGACAAGAAGAGGAUGCUGAGAGUUGACCCGGAUGUGGAACGUGUGAGAAGAUGCCACCAGAACGACCUGGAGAACAUCAUCCCGUUCAUAGUGAUUGGUCUGCUGUAUACCCUGACGGGGCCCGACCUCUCCGCUGCUCUGCUCCACUUCCGGGUGUUUGUUGGUUCCAGGCUCUUCCACACGGUGGCCUACGUCCUCCCCCUGCCCCAACCCAGCAGAGCUCUAGCUUGGAUGGUUGGCAUGGGAGCUACCUUCUCCAUGGCAUACAGAGUGCUAAGCACAACGCAUCUCUGAAGAGGCGAUCAAUCAAUUAAUAAUUAAUCAGAUUGAUUGAUUCCAAGUUUUCAGAUUGGCUUAAUUAGUCCUCGGGACACUCUACCUCUGAAGAGACGCCCACACAUUUAUCAGACCUGGGUCAAAUAGGCUACAUCAUGUUAAAUACAUUUGACAGUGCUUGAUUGUACUUGGAGUUUGCACUUCUGGGACUAUUCUAUUGGUUCUGUUGUAUCAGGCAGACUAACUACACAUUUUCUGCACGUUUUGUUUUUAACUCAGCACUGAAUUUGAUCUGUGCAAAAAAAAGUAUUAAUAUCAGCAAAAAAAUAAUUAAACGGAAGGUCAGUGCUAGAGCGCAGUAGACAUUGAACGGCAACGUUCUCGCGGAAACUCCAUUCAAGGUAAACGCUGCAUACAUUCGGAAACUACAUUCAACAUUUCACGUGCGCUGACUUUAGGCGAUACGGAUUGAAUGGAGCCCUAAACUAAAAUCAAGUGUAGUUCAGUAUCCGAUACCGCAUGUAAUCUGGCUAUUUUUACCCACAUCAAAUCACCCGUUUGUUGGUCGCGUACACAGAUUUGCAGAUGUUAUCGCAUGUGUUGUAAAAUGAUAGUGUUUCUAGGUCCAAUAGUGCAGUCAUACCGAGCAAUGCAUUAAAAUGAAUAAAACAUUCACACCAUGA